AUGACGAUCGGCAGCUUUUAUCGUCGCUCGUUUGAGCGCCGCCCAUGGCUGACGCUCGCCAUUACAAACGGUGGAUUGACGCUUUUGGCCGAUGUGCUCGCGCAAUCGGUGGAGCGUAUUACGCGCACCGACUUGGCCCCGCAGCCCGACUGGGACUAUGCGCGUUCUGCGCGUUUCCUGACGUACGGAACGGCGAUGGGCCCCUUUCUGGCGGAAUGGAACAAGUUUCUGGAGUUCAAGUUCCCUAUUCGCUCGCCGAGUGGUGCGAUGCUCGUUGGUGGUCUGGCCCGUCGUGUGAUGGCCGACCAGAUCUUGAUGGCCCCGAUUACGAUGGGCCUGUUUGUGGGUGCCAUGGGCAUGAUGGAAGGCCGUCUGACCUAUGAAUCACUGAAGGAAAAGUUUGGAGAGCUGUAUGUGCCUGCGCUCCUGGCCAACUGGAAGAUCUGGCCCUUCCUGCAAAUGUUCAACUUUGGCGUUCUUCCGCUUCGUAUGCGCGUUCCCUUUGCGGCAAGCUGUGGUGUUCUAUGGAACCUGUAUCUCUCGAUCCUCAAUCGCAGCAAGUCAAGCGAUGUCACAGCGUAA